CACCCGCCCGCUGGCAGCCAGGGCUCAUGGAGUCCGUGGCUCUCUACAGCUUCCAGGCGACGGAGAAAGACGAGCUGCCCUUUCAGAAAGGGGAUGUCCUGAAGAUCCUCAACAUGGAAGAUGACCAGAACUGGUACAAGGCUGAGCUGUAUGGCUGUGAGGGCUUCGUCCCCAAAAACUACAUCAGGGUCAAGCCACACCCGUGGUACAUGGGCAGGAUCUCCCGGCACCUGGCAGAGGAGCAGCUCCUCCAGCGCAAGCACCUGGGAGCCUUCCUGAUCCGCGACAGCGAGAGCACCCCGGGGGAGUUCUCCAUCUCUGUCAAUUAUGGGCAGCAAGUCCAGCACUUCAAGGUGCUCAGGGAGAGGAACGGCAAAUAUUACCUCUGGGAGGAAAAGUUCAACUCUCUCAACGAGCUGGUGGAUUUCUACAGGACAACCACUAUUGCCAAAAAUGAGCAGAUCUUCCUCUGGGAUGAGGACCAGACCCAGGAGGUGAGAAGACCCAAAUUCGUGCAAGCUCAGUUCAACUUCUCAGCCCAAGAGGGCUCCCAACUGCCCUUCCUCCGCGGGGACAUCAUCGAGGUCCUGGACUGUCCUGAUCCCAACUGGUGGCAGGGGAAGAUCUACGGGCGCAUUGGUCUCUUCCCUCGCAGCUACGUCCACCCCAUCCACAAGUGAGCUGCUGCCACACGCCAGCGGGGAGGACCCUGGCCCUGCUGCCCCCCACUCACCAGAGCUGCCUUGUGUGGACUGCACGUCCCUUCAUCCCCGUGGAUGGUGCCAGUCUCCAUGCCAGGCUGCUGAUGCAUGAGGUCCCAGUGCCUUGUGGAGGUAGAGACCAGGCUGGGGGUGAUUCCCAUCCAGGGCUGCCCAGCUCUGGGACCCCAAAACAUCAUCCGUGGCUCUCCCUGCUCCCCUGACCCAGGAGACCCCCCAGCCCAGACAUCACCUCUCACUGUGGGCUGGUGCUCCUGGGGAGGGAGCACAGAGCUUUUAAACAGGGCCAUAAAAACUUUUCCAGAGCCACAACCCUACAAGGUGGCAGCAAUGGAAGGAUGGAGCACGUGUGCCCCAAAACUUUGCUCCUCUCCAGACCCUGUCAGUGAAUUCCCAGCUCCAGAGAGGGCUGUGGGUGGUCGGGAAGCAGCUGCAUAGUGCCAUGGGGGGGUGCUGGGCCUUGAGGGGCCCAGGGGUAUUCAGUCCUGCAGGUGCUGUUCAUAGCUGCAAAUUGUAGCCUUUUAAAUUACUAUUUUUAUUCAGAGCUUUAAACGUGUUUGGGUGACACCCUGGAGCAUGACCACUUUUUUUCCACCACUCUGGAAGCCACAUGUGUGCCUGUUGCUUCACUGUGGUUUCACCUCCCCUGCAGCCCC